UGCGUAUGUAGACGUUUUGCCUUUUUGUUUGCUGUGAGACUGCCAUAUGUCUCAGACAGUGUUUGAAUUCACUCCGUCUCCGUCUGCUCCACCUGAACGAUGCGGAGAGUGACUGAGCGAGUGUAACUUUGCUUCUGCAAACACGCCGGUCUAAUACACAGAGCAUUUCUGUCUCUAGUCGUGUAAACUUGCGCUGUUUUGGGCUCAGCACCACUGAAGGCUGAACAGCUCUUCUGACAUUGAGGAAUUAUACGCAAACUUCGACUAUUAAAUACUCCAGACUUUGGACGGCAGACACGGAGCUGAACUUGUGCAGUGAUGGAGUGCUCGGCGCUGAGCAGGGAAGGCGCUGGUAUGGCCAAACCGCCCAAGCAUCUCUGGAGGCAGCCCCGGACCCACAUCCGAAUCAAGCAGCGGUACCACUCCGACACCGAGCGGUACCUGUGCUGUAACCGAGGCACGGAGACGCACCGCCCGGGUCUGAAAAAACCACGAAUGUCCUGGCCGUCUUCUUUUAAUAAACGUUUCGAUGUGGAAAAUGGAUUGUCGAUCGGGCGCAGUCCAUUGGACCCCAGUCCAAGCUCAGGUCUGGUCCUCCAGGCCAACAGCCAGAGGCGAGAGUCUUUCCUUUACCGCUCGGACUCGGAUUUUGACCUCUCGCCCAAGACGAUGUCCAGAAACUCCUCGAUGGCCAGCGAGAUUCAUGGGGAGGACAUGAUUGUAACGCCAUUUGCUCAGGUUCUUGCCAGUCUGCGAACAGUGAGGGGUAACGUUGCAGCUUUAACCCACGUGCAAGAUAGAAGCAACAAGAGACUGUCAGGCACAACACCUCAGUCUGCCUGUAAAACAAGCUUGUCCGAUGAGGCAUAUCAGAAACUCGCCGUCGAGACCCUUGAAGAGCUGGAUUGGUGUUUGGACCAGCUAGAGACCCUGCAAACACGGCACUCUGUCAGCGAAAUGGCCUCCAAUAAGUUUAAAAGAAUGCUCAACAGGGAACUUACUCAGCUGUCAGAGACCAGCCGGUCAGGAAACCAAGUGUCGGAGUUCAUAGCAAGCACAAUUUUACAAAAACAGCAUGACGUGGAGAUUGUGUCAGCAGCGUGUAAGGAGGAGAAAAAACGCCGGCCGAUGUCUCAGAUAAGUGGAGUGAGAAAACUGAGCCCCAGUCCGAGUCUCCCUCCAACAUCCAUCCCUCGAUUUGGUGUCAACACACAACAUGAGAGCCUCCUGGCCGAGGUGUCCCUUCAUUUCACUCUUUGUCAGUUCUACUGUAGAUCAGAAUUGCAAGAAAUUGAGUUUGAGGACAUCAAUCGAUGGGGUAUAGAUAUUUUUAAGAUAGCAGAGUAUUCUGGGAAUCGGCCUCUAACAGUCGUAAUGUACACCAUUUUUCAGGAGCGAGAUUUGUUCAAGACCUUUAAGAUCCCAUCGGACACCUUCUUAACUUUCCUCAUGACUUUGGAGGAUCACUACCACGCGGACGUGGCCUACCAUAACAACAUCCACGCAGCAGAUGUUGUGCAGUCCACACACGUUCUGCUCUCCACACCUGCCCUAGAGGAUGUGUUCACAGACCUUGAGAUCAUGGCUGCUCUGUUUGCGAGUGCUAUUCAUGAUGUUGACCAUCCAGGAUUGUCUAACCAGUUCCUCAUUAACACAAACUCUGAGCUCGCUCUCAUGUACAAUGACGCCUCGGUGUUGGAGAACCAUCACUUGGCUGUGGGCUUCAAGCUUCUCCAGGAGGAGAACUGUGAUAUCUUCUGCAAUCUCAGCAAGAAAAAACGACAGUCCCUACGACAGAUGACCAUAGACAUGGUAUUAGCCACUGAUAUGUCCAAACACAUGAAUUUCCUGGCUGACCUGAAGACAAUGGUGGAAACUAAAAAAGUGACCAGUCUGGGAGUCUUGCUGCUGGACAACUACUCUGACCGCAUACAGGUGCUUCAGAAUAUGGUUCACUGCGCAGACCUCAGCAACCCCACCAAACCCCUGGAGCUCUACAGACAGUGGACAGAUCGCAUCAUGGUGGAGCUCUUCAGACAGGGGGACCGUGAGCGUGACAAGGGCAUAGAAAUCAGCCCCAUGUGCGACAAACACACAGCUUCUGUGGAAAAAUCUCAGGUGGGAUUCAUCGAUUACAUUGUCCAUCCUCUAUGGGAGACAUGGGCUGAUCUGGUCCAUCCCGAUGCUCAGGACAUUCUAGACACAUUGGAGGACAAUCGCGAAUGGUACCAGAGCAUGAUCCCCCGCAGCCCGUCUCCCACCCCUAAAGAGCAGGACUCUCGGGCCACGCUGGGCGUCGCAGGCUCGGCCGGGGAAAAGUUUCAGUUUGAGCUGACUCUGGAGGAAGAGGACGGAGAGCUAGAGGCUGAAGAAGAGCACGCAGAUAAAGACGGAUCAAGGACUUUGACGGACCCCAGGCAUGCGCAGACGUCCCCUCGCGGAGUCGCUCCCGUUUUAGACCGCAGCGAAAGAGAACUGGACCAAGAAACGAUCAGCGUAUCCAUCCUGCAGCUGGAAACUUAACAAGGCCCAGUACUAAGAGUGCUGCUUCACUUGUGUUUCUUAGUUGCAAUAUUUUGGGGUUGAGUAGAACAACCAUACACUAAAAAGACAUUGGUUUAUCUGACCAAAUAGGCCUGUAUUUUAAAGCUAUAUUGUGUCCCAGACAUAAACUUUUGCAUAAGGACUGAGGCCGAAGGUGUAGCUGAAUGUGUUCGUGGUCUCAUGGAGAAACAUGAGUCUUCCCUUGAGUGACUGUCCAUGCCAACUGCAGAGGAAAGCUGAUUUACUCAUUAUGUGAAGUUUUUCACUCGACUCUAGGAUAUUUAUUAUCUUGAACCUUUUUAAUAAUGGAUAACUUAAUGCUUUUGCUUUUUUGCCACUGAGAAAUAACUUAGUCGAAUGAAAUGGGACAGUUGCAGGAAAUAUUAAGGCAAGACACCACAGGUGAAUGGAGUAAAACAUAUUUAUAUAACUAAUAGAUCACCAUACUUCUCCAGCUGAUUAAUCGCAGUAUAUUAGUAAUAAUAAUAACAAUAAUUUCGUAUAAAAACAUUUCUCUGUAAAGGCUUAAUAGAGUUUUUACAGAGAGAAUUUUGGAUUUCUCUUUUCAUCACUCCAUAAAUCAGAAAAUUCUGUCAACAGCCAGAGAAAAUAAAUAAAUAAAUAACUCAAGUUUUUAGAAAUAAAAUGUAUAAAUAUAAAUAAGGUGAUUACAGACUAUAAAGCUUUAGAAUGUACACUUUAGAAUGUUUUAUAAUGUAAAUUUUUCGCUCAGUGUUUAAAACAGCCUUUAAAAAUAUCUUUUGUAAUUGAAAUCUACAGUCACAAAAAGAUAAAGUGUAAUAAUUAAGCACUCAAAUCUGUAUUUUGGAUGUUUUUUUUCCACUAGUCUAAAAAAAAAAAGACGUUAUGGAAGCAAAAUGUAAAAAAAAAAAAAAACUUGUAGUGUCUUGCCUUAACAGGUUAGCGAUAAGAUUGUGAUUGUUAACAACCUCAGGAUAAUGCUGAUUUCUUUUUAAUGUAGCAAGACUCCAAAGUGCAGUCACUAAACUAUCUGUUUAUAAUCUUGUUUUGAACAAAUAGGAAAAAAAUGUAAUCUAAAAGCCACAUUGGGCUCAUUAGACGACCGUAUGGAGAAUCCCUUUACAAGCAUCUUUGUACUGAAAUACCUUUAUACCUCUUGACACAUUAGCACUAUGUAGACAUAAUGAUCAUAUCGAAAGAAACAGGGUUGAUAUUUUAACUGAUUGAUGAAUAAACUCGAACGAUGACAAAUCUUAACUCCCCUAACUCGAUACUCGUGAGCGAAUCAGUGUUAUACGGUGGUUUACUCUGCUGUGCCCAUGUUAGAGAUCGUAAAAUUGGAGAUUGCCUCCACUGGGUGCUAUCAAGAGCUGAAGUGGAUCCCACAUCUUUCCCAGUUUUAUUGUGUGGUGGAUUUAAACAGGACGUUCUGGUCUAGAUCAGCACAAACAACCCUUACUCUAAGCCAGAUGCGUGGCCACCUCACAUAAAGGGCUGUGGCUAACUGAUCCUUAAGAUCCUGUUCUCAUAUUGUCAUCAUUUUCUGAGAUAUUUGCCUCAAUAUAUUCCAUAAAUAUGAACCUGUUUAUACACAAGUCAGAAACAUGCUAUGAAAUUGCAUAGGAGGAGGAGUGUGUGUUUUUUUUUUUUUUUUUUUUUUGAAUACUAAACUGGGAUCAGAGAAAAUUGUGUAAUAAAAUAAAAAAAAUUAAUUACUAUUUUAUUCUAAAUUCUUCUAAUGGUUGGAAAUUGUGAGAUUAAUCACAAUUAUUGUUUGGGUAAUGCAUAUGUAAUCAUUUUGCUAUAUAUAAAGAAUAUUUUAUUUAUUGGGGUUUGACUACCUCUUUUUCUGACCAGAUGGGGAUGUGUUUGGGAAACCCGUUUGAAAAUGAUUAUUUUCAUAUACAGUAGCCCAGAAAUGAGACCCUUCAUUUUUCAUUUGUUAAGAAGAUGGAACCGUGACACAUAAUUAUUUUAUAAUUAAAAAAUAUUCCCUACUUAAGAGUAGUCAGCAGUGCUGAAGAGAAUCUGUAGCCAGAUUGAUGCUAAAAGUGCCACUUCAUCCAGUAGCCUUGGCCACGCUCGUUCUCGGAGAUCAGAAAAGCCAGUGUUGAGCCUUAAAGCACAUCCCUUUAGCUUCAGUGCCAUUACAGCAGCGACUGUGAAACAUUCAUAGUGUCUGAAAUGAAUUUUGCUGUAUGAUAUUAAAAGAACUAUGUCUUCUUCUCUGUGAUAAUGUGUAGUAAAUUUAUACGUGUCCUCUGUGUGUUAGUAUUACUGACAUUGUUAAAGAUAUUUGUUCAGUUUGUUUACAGGUCACAUAUGUUUCAGAUAAAGUUGGUUUAUCUCAGUGUGUUUCUGUUCUCCACUGCCAGAGCCAAAAAUUCAGAUUGUUCUGAAUUGUCAAUAAAAAUAAUUAAAUAAAUAAUAUGGG